GAAUAGGUUUUAAUAAAAGCUCUUGGCUUCUCCUAUCCCAUUCUAAAAUCUCUCUGGCGAAGAGGAACGGGCUCAAGGCGAGCUGUUCUCUUCUCCUGUAGAAAGCGUUUCUACCCCUGGACCUCGCAAGAAUCCUGUACUGUACCAAGAUGAGAAAGCCUUCAAAUGGAUGCAAGGAGAGGGAUGUGAUUUACCACCGGAAUGAUCACACGGAUGACAAUGGGAAGCAUUUCUUCAAGAUUUUGAUUGGUGAUUUCCAUAAAAGAUUGGUCAUACCGGUUAAAUUUGCUAAAAAAUUCAGAGGAAAAGUAGAAAGAAAUAUUAAGCUUGAAUCACUUGGUGGUUAUACUUUUGAUGUUCAAGUUGCACAGAAUUUGGGCAGAAUCAUGUUUCAAUCUGGGUGGAAGUCGUUUGUUAGUGCCCAUGACUUGAAAAUGUUUGACUUGUUGGUAUUCAAGUAUGAUGGGAUGUCUCGGAUGAAGGUCCUGAUAUUUGAUCCUAGUGGUUGCGAGAAAGUACCGCCUUUUUUUGUCACGAAAAAUGCUAUGAGUGGUGGACGAAAGAGAGAAGAACCCCAAGAACCCCUUGACAUUUCAAGCAGCUAUGCUGAUCUUCCCAUGAAAACACCAGAGACUAAAAAGAAAGCAAGAAAGCAAAGAGACAGGAGUAGGAUCAAUAUUAGUCCAUGUAGAUCCAUAUCCAACUCAUCAGGAGGAAUGAGAAGUUCAGAAGACGAUGAAGCACAUUCUGUUCCAAGUUGCAUACUCCCACGAGGCACCAUCCUUGAUAGUAUGCAGAGGAGAAAAGUGAAAGAGAGACUCCGAGCUAUUUGUUCUGAAAUCCCAAUCUACGUGUUUGUCGUGAAGAAGUCAAACAUUUUUGGACGAUCUCAAGAUAUGGUCUUCUCCAGAAAAUAUCCUGAUGUAUGUCUCCCAUUCAAGAGCGGAGCGGUGAUUCUUCAGUGUCAUGGCAAGAGCUGGGAAGUGAUUCUUGAGGUUCGGAAAGAUCAAGGUGAAUCCAAAAGGCUUCGCAUUGGGUGGGCAGAGUUUGCUCGUGACAACAAUUUGCAGCUGGGAGAUAUCUGCCUCUUUGAGCCACUGAAGACCAUGAAGUACACCAUGAAUGUGCACAUCGUUCGCAGAAGAGUGAGAUCUGGGAAAUGAUUUCUGCUGUUCUUUGCGACUUUUGCAGCGGUAGCCGUUGACAGUAGUGCUUCUUGGUUUGAUAAGAGUUGCUAAUGGUCAUGUCAGCCAUUAUUAGUGCCAACUUUUGCAGCAGUGAUAUUAACGAUUUAACGCUUUUAUGCUUGGGAGGCUCCAACUCCUUUCAUCCUAAAAUAAAUAUCAUUCUCGCA